GUUGGUGUAGGGACAGACUGCCCUACUGAUGAUGGAGAGAAAUGAAAACGAUAAGUAGAAUGAGUAAUAAAUUUAAGGGGCCUCUAAGCCCCUGCUGAUUCAGGUUGAAAAUAUAAGCAAGCUUCAAAAAAAUAUUAGAUUAGGGCAAUGCACUGUUAGGAGGAAACUUUGUUCUUGAGCUUGUAGUUAGGUGAAAUACAGGACACACAGUGCCCUUCACAGAGUGCCAGCCAAUUCUUUUGGUCUGGGAGAAGAGGAGUUUUAAAAACCUAGGUAAUCAUUCCAACUAUCCAUGGUGUUGAUGGAGGGAUGGGAGGGUGGAGAGGAGAAAGAGCAUAAAAUCAUCAUCAAAUCAUCCCACUGGCACUUGUGUUUGCAUAGAUGUCUUAUUCCACACACUGUCCCAUCACUAGAGUCCUACCCAGCCCUUCUAUUUCAGGCCUGAAAUAUAGGUCACUGGGAGCAUGAAGCUAGUUCUGGCUGGACAAGAGUAAUGAAACCUUUACCUCCUAUAAGCCACGACGUUUAAAAGUAUGUGACCAAGGAUUCCAGGCCUUCCCCCGACCCAGCAGGUGGCGCUGUGAGAACAAACCACAAGCUGAGCUAAGUGAUUACCUAACGCAGUGCCCCAAAUCCUACUUUGCUUGGUCUACGGAGGGCCGUUCACGUGAGUGCGGGAGCACGUGACACAUACCUGCUAGUUUUCGCUCACCGCGCGUGUUUCAUGGUGGAGGUGCUGGCCAUUCAGAACCUCUACAGUAAGGAGCCAGGACCCCUAGCACCUCUACCCUGCUCGGGUUCCAGAGGCCCGCUCCUCCGGGCUUGGAGUGAGUGGCCUCUACGUCAUUUACUCGACUGCUGCUGGAUGUCAGGUGUGCUGGCCAUGCUGUUACUACGGCCGGCAUGGCCCGGAGUUUCUGUCCGGCGCGCUCUGGCCUUCCACCCGACGCGGCUCCUCUCUUGGGACAGCUCCACCCGGAGGAGGCCCCCCUGGAAGUCGGGGUCCCGACCUGAGGCCCGGCCAGGGGGAGCAGAGCUGCUCCGCCUCCGGGAGGAUGACUUGCCCUCGGCCCCGAGGUUGGAAAUCCUGUUCGGGUUAGCGCCCUGUACCCUAGCUCUGCGUGCCGCCCGUCGGGCUGUUACCCGGCUCCUCCUCCAAAAGGGGGUCGUGGGCUCCGGGCCGCGGGCCGAGGUGGCCCGAGACGCCGAGGCUCUGGGUAUCCCUGUGCAGCUGAUGCGGCGGCGAGAGCUGGAUGCCCUCUGCCGGGGCCAAAUUCAUCAGGGCUUGUGCAUGGAGGUAGCCCCGCUGCUCCCCAAAGCCUGGCCAGAAGGCAGAGAGAAUGAGCCAAGAGAGGAUCCAGCCUCACGACGCCUGUGGUUAAUACUGGAAGAGAUUCAAGACCCUCGAAACCUAGGUGCAGUGCUGCGCUCCGCACACUUUCUGGGCGUGGACAAGGUUAUUACCAGCCGGAGAAACAGUUGUCCUCUGACUCCAGUGGUUAGCAAGGCCAGUGCAGGAACCAUGGAGGUAAUGGAUGUCUUUGCAACUGAUGAUCUUCCAGGCUUGCUGAAGGUUAAGGCUCAGCAAGGCUGGCUUGUGGCUGGCACUGUGGGCUGCCCAGGGUCUGUAGUUCCUCAGUGCUCUGACAUUCCCAUCACCAGUUGUUUAGAGUUUCUUUGGGACAGAUCUACUCUCCUGGUGUUAGGGAAUGAAGGUUCUGGCCUGUCCCAUGAGAUCAGAAACUUGUGCCAUAUUUUGCUAACCAUCCUACCUGGGCGAGAGCUUCCCCCAGAAGUGGAGUCCUUGAAUGUCUCCGUGGCUGCAGGAAUCCUUCUCCAUUCCAUCAUCAGCCAGAGGAAGGGACAGGACAGCUUGCUUAAGGAGGAGACAAGAGCUGUUCUCUGUGACUCCCUAGAGCCCUCAGCUGCUUCUGAAGAACUUGACCCUAGAGCCAGCCAAGGCCUAGGGGUGCGGGCACCAGCUACAGCUGCAGAGCCUUGAUCAGGAAGACCAAAGGGGAGCUGAUUGGGGUCUUGGGCACUUGCUCAUUUCCAGAUUGACUGUGUGCAGGUGUCUAUGUUUCUGUGUUUGGCCAUUCUCGCAAGACUUGGCUCAUGUUCCUCUGCAUGAAGCCUCCCCUGAUUCUCUUCUGCCUGCUGGAGGCCCUGUCUCUGCUCUUGCCCCAACUAUUUUGGAUCUGUAAGUGUUAUCUUCCCUGAUAGAAUGGGAGUUCCUUGAGGGCAAGGCCAAGUCACUUUUGUCUGUGUAUCUCAAGGUACCUGAGUGCUUGGUCGAUUGAAAUUGAGCAUUGGGGCAGUUCCAAAUGCAUUUGAAUCCUCGAGAGUACGUGUCUAUGAAUGUGUUCACAAGCACACCCAUGUGCAAUUGUUGAUAAUAAAGACAGCCCACAUUGGGCAGUCUUCUGUAGAGGGGCUGAGGGAAGGUAAUUCAUUCAUUGUGUUGUUGAGCUUUGUUGGAAGAACCAUUUGAGAAUAGCCACUUGCUCGUUUUGUUGAAUGCAACAGUGUUCCUCACCUCUCUUCCCCAAGGACAAAAAGAAGGUAAAUGCUUAGAAUGAGAAAUUUUCCUUUCUUAAGAGAAUGGCACAUUGGAUAGUAUAUUGGACUUAGUGUCAAAAAGACCUGGGUUCAGAUUCUGCCUCCGACACUAAAUGGAUGACUCUAGGAACUCUUUGCCCUCAGCUUCCUCAGCUAUAAAAAGGGGAUAAUGAUAGUUACCUCCCUUGAGAGUUCUUGAGAAAGUCAAAGGAAAACCACAUUACUACAUAAAUGUAGCUGCUAUUAUACUUCUGUGCAUAUGUGUUUAGUGGUGCUGAGAUCUAACUUUGUCACUCUAGGCAAAGAAAGGUGGUUUAGGAAGGAAGGGAAUGGAAUGACUAGUCCCUCUGGCUGACCAUAGAUUAGAGAGUUGGACUGGAGUCUGGUGGAUCUGAAUUCAAAUCCCAAAUCACUUCUUGAAGAGGUCAUUUCCUCAUCUGUAACAGAAACAUGGAUAAUGUCAGAGCUAGAAGAUACUAGCUUAUCAUCAUUUUACAGAGGAGGAGACAGGCCCAGGGAGGUAAAGAAAUUCACAGCUUUUUUGUUUUAGAGCCAGGACUAGAGCUCUUAAAGUCUCCAAUCCUGGUAUAGUGCUUUUACAUCCCAUUACAGAGCCCACCCCCUCAACUCCUCCUUGGGCCAUUGGGGGCAUGGAGGCCUCAGUACACUUAGGUGGAACAAGUAUCAGAUCUAAGGCAGAAGAGCAGUAAGGGCUAGGCAGCAGGGGUUAAGUGACUUGUCCAGGUUCACAUAACUAGGAAGUUACUGGGGUCAUGUUUGAACCCAGGAUUUCCUGUCUCUAGACCUAGUAUUCUAUCCACUAACCCACCUAGUUGCACCCCACCUUCCUCCUAUUUUCCAAGGAUUAAAAGGGCUGCCAUUGAGAGGUCACCUAAAUUCUGGUAUCUCUUAGUAUUGGGGGUCAGUGAACAUGUUUUUUCACUUUUGCUCUUUCUUCACUCAGCCUCAGUUCAUAGAAGUCUUUCCAAAUUGGAUGUUCAUUCAGAUUUGGCUUUCCCUUGAAAAUCUAGAUCCUUUCUCCUUUUGGGGAAAAAAAGAUGGAAAGCUUCUACUGGACUUCAUUUCUUUUCCCAUCUUCUCCCACUAUACCCCAAAUGACAUGCUAGGGUAUGCUGAGUGUGACUGGCUGACCUGGGUCUGUUUUUUUCUCAGCUCUAUGGGCUCUCCUGUGGUAUUCUAUAUAGAAAGAGGCCUUGUUCUUUUUUGCCUUUUUAAAAAAUGGGUUUUUUUUGUGACUCAAUUUUUUCUAUUCUAAAUUCCCCGCAUCCCCACCAUUAAGAAGGCAAGAAAAACAAAACCUAUUCUAAAUAUAUAUAAUUAUAAAAGACAAAAUCCUAUAUUAGCUGUGUCAAAAAAAAAAGGAAGAAAAUACGGUUUCAUGGAUAUCUUGCUACCAUAGAUAUCUGAUGACUAGCCUUAGGUAGCUGGGCCCCUGGGGUCCUGCACCUUUAUGCAUCUUCAGCAUAGUGAGCUAGGGAGAAGUGGAAGGACUAAUAGUUUGGUUGUUUGGUCCCACUAGGAUGGAGGCAGUCCAGAGGCUUUGAAAGAAUCACCUAAGGGUUCUAGGAAUGGUUCAUGAGACCUGGCUGUCUCCAUUAGGUGGCACCCUUGUUCUUCAGUUGGCCUGUGCUCUAGUCAAAGGCUUUGAGAUAGAAGGAAGUGGUGAAGGCUGGUGGAUGCCCCUGACCUCUCCCUUUGGAGGCAGCAUAGAUUUUCUGGGAUGCAUAAAAUAAAUCUCUUUCUCAAGCCAGGUUAACCUCAUAGUGCCUAGUCUCCGGAUUAUAGAAAUCAUAAUAUCUCACAGAUUUGGACCAGGAAGAGACCUUAUAGCUCAUUUAGUGUAACAUUUUUAUUUUUUGUAUUUUUAUUCUAAACUUAAAAACCAAAUAAAAUGGACGUUUCCAUUUAAAAUUUUGGAUUUCAAAUUCUCUGCUUCCCAUCCCUCCCACCUCCUUGAGAAAGCAAGCAAUUUGAUAUCAAAUAUACAGGUGAAAUCAUAGAGCUUGCUUUUAAAGUCUAAAAUAAAUUCAACUUGUAACUUUCAAA